CGCCGCCGCGCCGCGCGCCUCCGGGACGUGGAGCCCCGGGCGGGGGGCGGCGGCUGCUUCGGGGAGGCGGCGGGAGUCGGGCCGCCGAUGCGGGCGGGCGGAGCCCGGGAUGGCUUCGGCUGGAGGCGGCGACUGCGAGGCCGCGGCUCCGGAGGCGGACCGCCCUCACCAGCGGCCCUUCCUGAUCGGGGUGAGCGGCGGCACCGCGAGCGGGAAGUCCACCGUGUGCGAGAAGAUCAUGGAGCUGCUGGGCCAGAACGAAGUGGACCACCGGCAGCGGAAGCUGGUCAUCCUGAGUCAAGACAGGUUCUACAAGGUCCUGACCCCAGAACAGAAGGCCAAGGCGUUGAAGGGACAGUACAAUUUCGACCACCCAGAUGCCUUUGAUAAUGACUUGAUGCACAGGACUCUGAAGAACAUCGUGGAAGGCAAAACAGUCGAGGUCCCAACCUACGAUUUUGUGACCCAUUCAAGGUUAGCGGAGACCACAGUGGUGUACCCUGCAGAUGUGGUCCUGUUCGAGGGCAUCUUGGUGUUCUACAGCCAGGAGGUCCGGGACAUGUUUCACCUGCGCCUCUUCGUGGACACGGACUCCGACGUCAGGCUGUCGAGAAGAGUUCUCCGGGAUGUGCACCGCGGGAGGGACCUGGAGCAGAUCCUGACCCAGUACACCACCUUCGUCAAGCCAGCCUUCGAAGAGUUCUGCCUGCCGGUACCCCUCUCGCUUACUUGGGGAGCUUCCUUUUCUCACUUUUCAAGAGGACUCUCGGCGCCCUGUCCUACCAAGAAAUAUGCGGAUGUGAUCAUCCCUCGGGGGGUCGACAACAUGGUGGCCAUCAACCUGAUCGUGCAGCACAUCCAGGACAUCCUGAGUGGCGACAUCUGCAAGUGGCACCGAGGGUCCAAUGGGCGGAGCUACAAGAGGACCUUCCCUGAGCCCGGAGACCGCCCUGGGGUGCUGACCUCUGGCAAGCGAUCGCACUUGGAGUCCAGCAGCAGACCCCACUGAGGAACCCCGAUAGACCAUGCUCAGGGUCUGGCCCACCCGCCCCAUAGACGCUGCCGCUGCUUCUUCUCGGCGUCAUACGGUACAGACAGGGUGGUGCGAGGAUCACAGGGUCCUCCCUGAUGCGGGCAGACCUCCCGUUCCUCAUGCUUGGCGGGAUGUUGGCAGGCCCCCCGUUUUCACCUGCUUCCUCACGUUAAGGCGGUUAAAAGUCUGAGUUACUGGGAAAUGCCACAGAAUGUGUGCUGAGCCUGUCACGCCUCUUGGGGACAUGGGGCACAAGCCUGCACACUGUGGCUGUCCUGGCGUGUGUGACACCAUCCCAGAGCAAGAGAGAUUCUAGCAUGAUCUGGUUCCCACACGUGACUGAAGCAGAGGUUUGAAGAGAGAGUACGUCAUGUCUCCCUCCCCCCUUGUUACACGUGCGAAUGUUUCGUUAUUUACCGUGUUAGUUGUGACCUAGUAACCGAGUUUCGUGCCCCACCAGCGGGUGUGAUCCAGUGUGGCACACACUGACGGAAGGAGCUACAGGAGCUUUCCUUCCUCCCGGGCUGUGCGCCAAGGCAGGAGCCAAGGAAGGAGCCCCGGGAAACAAGCUCUCCUUAACCAGCAUCAGACGCGGGAGGCAGCACCUGUUCCCUCAAGCAGGGCGGGACGCAGGCUGCUGGGUGCCGUGUCCACACACAGGCCUCCUCAGGCGUCCGGGGCUGGGGGGGCUGUGUGGACAGGGCUUCGCUGGGGUAGCCUGGGCCCAUCCGGGGCAUGCCGUCCAAAGCCAGCUGGCCUCCUUGCACACGCCAAGUCCAUAGCUGCACGAACGGUGCCUGCGGUCUGCGUUGUCCUGGUUUGUCUCCCUCCCAGACGGCACUGUAUGAAAGUGACACUUUCCUGUUGCCCCCCGGCCAACCUGCAUGGGCGAUCCUGGUUUCCUUCUAUCGAGUACUAAGUGUAGUUACACAGAUAGGACCUCAGUUGAGUUUGGCCGAGCUCUGUGCCCUCUUGGAGAGCGUAUCAAUAAAUAACAUCAAACACCGGU